GGGCCGGGGCCGGGGCCGGGGGGGGCCAUGGCCGGGGCCGGCUGGGCCCCGCCGCGCCUGGACGAGUUUAUCCUCACCGAGCGCCUCGGCGCCGGCACCUACGCCACCGUCUACAAGGCCUACAGGAAGAGGGACACACGGGAGGUGGUGGCCAUCAAGUGUGUGAGCAAGAGGAGCCUCAACCGGGCAUCGGUGGAGAACCUGCUGACGGAGAUCGAGAUCCUGAAGACCAUCCGCCACCCGCACAUCGUGGAGCUCAAGGACUUCCAGUGGGACAGCAACCACAUCUACCUGAUCAUGGAGUUCUGCGCCGGGGGGGACCUCUCCCGCUUCAUCCGGAUGCGCAGGAUCCUCCCCGAGAAGGUGGCGCGUAUCUUCCUGCAGCAGCUCGCCUGCGCCCUGAAGUUCCUCCACGACCGCAACAUCUCCCACCUGGACCUCAAGCCGCAGAACAUCCUCCUGAGCGCUCCGGAGAACCCCCAGCUGAAGCUGGCAGAUUUCGGGUUUGCACAGUACAUGUCGCCGUGGGACGAGAAACACGUUCUGCGGGGCUCCCCGCUCUACAUGGCCCCCGAGAUGGUGUGCUGCCAGCAGUACGACGCCCGGGUGGACCUGUGGUCGGUGGGCGUCAUCCUUUACGAAGCACUUUUCGGGAGGCCGCCCUUUGCCUCCCGCUCCUUCGCCGAGCUGGAGGAGAAGAUCCGCAGCGACCGGGCUGUUGAGCUGCCCAGCCGGCCCCUGCUCUCCCCGGAAUGCCGGGAUCUCUUAGGACAGCUCUUGGAGAGGGACCCUUUGAAACGCAUCUCCUUCGAACGCUUCUUUGCCCACCCCUUCGUGGAUAUGGAGCACGUCCCCGGCCCCGAGAGCCUCUGCAAGGCGACCGACCUGGUGGUGGAGGCGGUGAAGAAGGAUCAGGAGGGGGAUGCCUCCGCCGCCCUCUCCCUCUACUGCAAAGCCCUGGAGUAUUUUGUGCCAGCUCUGCACUAUGAAAGCGAUGCUCGCCGGAAAGAAGCUAUUCGAGCCAAGGUGGGGCAGUACAUCUCCCGAGCAGAGGAGCUGAAGGCGUUGGUCACCUCCAGCAACAAGAGCCUCUUGCAGCAAGGGAACCCGGCCAGAGAGCUCCUUAAAGAGAUGGCCAAGGACAAGCCUCGGCUCUGCACCGCGCUGGAAAUGGCUUCUGCUGCCAUCGCUAAGGAGGAGGAAGGCAAAGACGACGGUGACACCCUGGAGCUCUACCAGCAGAGCCUGGGGGAGCUGCUGCUCCUCCUGGCCGCGGAGCCCGCAGGGAGGCGACGGGAGCUGCUCCACACGGAGGUGAGUGCCAGCCGUGGGACAGCGGCGUGUCCCCGUUGGCGUGGCUUUGAAGGGAUUUUCCUCCCUCUCUCUCUGCCAGAUCCAGACCCUGAUGGCCCGAGCCGAGUACCUGAAAGACCAGAUGAAGAUGCGGGAGGCACAGUCCCUGGGCAAGGAGGCGCUGGCAGAGCCCGUCCGGAGCACCUGUACCUUGCAGUGAUGCCCAGGAGCCGGCCGGCGGGACGCUGCUCGCCGCCCUGGCACUGCCGUGCCAAGAGAUGCCGUCGGCAGGGCGGAGGAAAGACGAGGCUUUCGUCCCGACCGCAUCGGGGUAGCCGCCUCGGGGGGCUCCCCCUUGGGGCUCCCACCCCCAGAGGGUCCCACGGGGGGGUCCACGGGGCCAUCUGCUCCUCUGCCCGGGCGCUGGCGUCAUUUCCCGACGGGCAGAGUCCCCUCCCAGCCCUACCUCGACCGUCUGCUGCCGCAGCCUUCCCUGACAGUGGCAGGCAGGUUAUUCCACUCUAAUUCCCUCCGCUGGCUGUGACGGGCUGCGUAUUUUUAUCCUGGCACCGGGCUCCGGCAGAAUAUCCCCCCCUGCCAGUCGCAUACGUCUCUUGCCUUUUCGGCUGGAUGUUUCUUCCGCCUCCCAAAUUCUUCUGGGGGAGCCCUGAGCGUACGCGCAGCCCAGACCCAAAAAAUACCCGCGGUAGCUCCAGGCUGGUGGUGACGGCAGCAGGCAGGGGGUCGGGGUCGCUGCCUGCGCCUGCCCUCCGCUGUGCCUUUCUCACGCAGCAACUACCUCUCCGUGCCCACCGCUGCUCGUCCAGCCUCGAGCACCCAAUUUCACUGUCCCGGGCCAGCCAUACCUCCCUCUCGCUGCUAGAGCGUUGGGGUCGGGGCUUUUGCUUCCUAAACCCGCCUGCACUGGAGUCUGGCGGGGACUGACGCCUUCAUCAUUUGUGUCAUGAGGUGUUGGCAGUGCUCAGCAGGGACUAAUUGUGCAUGCUCCUCCGUGGGUAUAAUCGUCGAGUAAAACAGAUGAGCAGAAAUCAAUCACCUUCAGGGACAGAGUCACACGGCUGCAAACGGCAAUACCUCCCCGAAGGCAGGGCCUCGGCGUCCUGCCUGCUCUGCUCCUCAGGGCUCUGACAACUCAAAUAUCCAGAUUAUGUUCCCAGGAGCACCCCCCCAGCCCUGCAGAAGUCACUUUUCUGGGGUGGUGAGGUCUGCCUGCCCUGCAAAGCAAGGGACUUGUCUCGAUAUCUACUGUAUUUCAAGGGAAUGUAAUUUAUUGUCUUUAAUAAACACUUUUUUUGGUUUCUCCAA